CCAAGACACUACCUCCUCCCAUCAUGUCAUUCAAGGCCCCAUCCAUGCUGGUCUUCGGACCCCAGUCCUCAACUCUCUCCCCCGAAUGCCUGUCUCAGCUCCGAACCGUCCUGGGGCCCCAAUCCACACCCCGCCUGCAGCCCCUCCGCGCCGCCGUCGAGAGUCUCUCCACGGUCUGGCCGGUGUUGGCCGCGUCCGAUCGUUCCUUAGCCACCCUCCCGGGGCAUGAAUACAUCCAGCAGCUGCGUGGCCUGCUAUCGGCUGAUCUCGACACAACGGUCGUUCGUGUGAGCGAACUCCCCAGCACCGUCGUCACGCCCUUGACGGUGCUGUUGCAUCUCACCCAAUAUCUCCUCUACGUCGAAUCUGGUUCAACCCACGGCGUCACAUCUCACGCCCAAGUGCUCGACCGCGUCCGACAGCAAGGCGGCGUCCAAGGGUUCUGUACCGGUCUGUUGAGUGCGGUGGCGGUUGCUGGCAGCCGCGAUGAGCACGAGUUCAUCCGCUGGGCCAGCACAGCCCUGCGCCUGGCCAUCGCCAUUGGCGCCUGUGUCGAUGCCGAUGCGCAGGGCCACUCCCAGGAGGCCUCGUGCAUCGUCGUCAAGUGGUCCACCGAGGAGGGCAAAGCACAGCUGCUCGAGUCUCUAGCCCAGACUGUGGGGGCCUAUAUCUCCGUCUAUCCCGAUGGCAAUGCGGCCACCGUCACCGUCCCCACCGAGGCCGUGGCCACCCUCACGCAGACCCUCCAGGCCCACAAACUGGUGGCCAUUCCCCUCGACAUGCGAGGCCGCUUUCACACCACCGAACAUGAAUCAAUUGCGGGUCAAUUGAAGCAGUUGUGUGCGACCACGCCGGAAUUGCAGCUGCCUCGCGCGUCGGAGCUCCUGGUGUCGGUGCUCGGCAACCAUGGACAAGUUCUUCCUUCGGAUGCCUCUCUGCAUGACCUUCUCAUCGACGCCAUUCUGGUCCAGACGUGCAACUGGCACAACACCGUGUCGACGGCCGCCGCCAAUCUGACCGCCGAUUCGGACCCCUCCCACAUCAUCCAAUUCGGCACCAUCGAUUGCAUUCCGCCCUCGGUGCUGCGGACGCAUCCCCAUGCCUCCGUGUACCGGAUGCCCAAAUCUCUCCUGGACAUCAGCGGGACGGCAGACCCCUCCAUCGCCGCGCAACCACCCCCGGCGGCGAACGCGGUGGCCAUCGUGGGCAUGGCCGGCCGCUUCCCCGGCGCGGACAAUCUGGACGACUUCUGGUCGCUGCUCUGCGAGGGGUCCUCGCAAUGUCAACAGAUGCCCGAGGAGCGGUUCCGCCGACAGGGACUGACUCGCUUGCCGAAAGACAAGCUCGCCUUCUGGGGCAACUUUGUCUCCGACAUCGACGCCUUCGACCACCGGUUCUUCCGCAAGUCCUCGCGCGAGGCCGCCAGCAUGGACCCCCAGCAGCGGCUGUUCCUGCAGGUGGCGUACGAGGCGCUGGAAUCGGCCGAGUACUUUGGCCGGCCCAGCGCGCCCUCGCAGGAUGUGGGCUGCUACGUCGGCGUGUGCUCGUCGGAUUACAAUGACAACGUCGCCACGCAUCCCCCCAACGCCUUCUCCAGUCUGGGCACCUUGCGGGCCUUCCUGACGGGCAAGAUCAGUCAUUACUUUGGCUGGACCGGCCCGUCCAUCACCUACGACACGGCCUGCUCCUCCUCCGCCGUGGCCAUCCAUGCCGCCUGCAAAGCCAUCCAGACGGGCGAGUGCUCCAUGGCGGUGGCCGGCGGUGCCAGUCUGUACACCAGCCCCUUCUUCUACGAGAAUCUCGCGGCCGCCUCGUUCCUGAGUCCCACGGGGCCCACAAAACCCUUCGAUGCCAAGGGCGACGGCUACUGCCGGGGGGAAGGGGUGGCCUUGGUGGUGCUGAAGCCCCUCGCGCGGGCACAGGCCGAUGGGGACCGGAUUUUGGGAGUCAUCGCCGCCACGGCCGUCAACCAGAAUAUCAACGACACCCCCAUCACCGUGCCCCAUGCCGAGUCGCAGGUGCAGCUAUACCAGAAGGUCGCAGCCGAGGCGGGCAUCCAUCCCCACGAUGUCACCUACGUGGAGGCCCACGGCACCGGCACGCCCGUCGGCGAUCCCAUCGAGAUGGCCAGUAUCCGCCGGGUGUUUGGCGGCGCCACGCGCACCACCCCCGUGCAUGUGGCCUCCGUCAAGGGCAACAUCGGCCAUCUGGAGGGGGCUUCAGGCGUCGCCGCCUUGAUUAAGUCGGUGCUGAUGAUGCGCCAUCAGACGAUCCCCGUGCAGGCCAACCACUCCCAGCUGAACCCCAAGAUUCCCCCCUUGGAGCCGGACCAUCUCGCCAUUCCGCGCGCCACGCAGCCCUGGCCGGCCGCGCUGCCCAUCGCCUGCAUCAACAAUUACGGUGCGGCCGGCAGUAACGCGGCCAUGAUUGUGCGGGCUGCCGGGGCCCCCCAGGGCGCCGAGCAGAUCCGGGUGCUGCCCAAGUAUCCCAUCUAUCUGGCGGCCAAUUCGGCGGCCAGUCUGCAAGCCUAUGGGGCCUCCUUGGGGAAGAGCAUCCAGCAGUGGAGCCGGCAAUACGGGGAGCGCGACCUCCUGGCCAGUGUGGCCUUCCACCUGGCGCAGCAGCAGAAUAAAUCCCUGCCCGUGCGCACCGUCGGCGCCGUGUCCUCCCUGGCCGAGUUGACCCAGUUGCUCCACGAUCCGCAGCCGCAACCGCGCGCGUCGUCGGGCCCGCCGAAACGCGUGCUGGUCUUUGGCGGCCAAACCAGCCAGCAGGUCGGCCUGAGUCGGGCGGUCUUCGAGGCGUCACGCCCCCUGCGCCGUCAUCUGGACGCCUGCGAUGCCGCCCUCCGGGCUCUCAAUCUCGGCAGCAUCUACCCGGCCAUCUUCGACCCCCAGCCCAUCGCCGACCUGGUCCGGCUGCACGCCUGCUUCUUUGCGAUGCAGUACGCCGGGGCGCAGGCCUGGAUCGACAGCCAUGUGCGUCCCGACGCCGUCCUCGGCCACAGCUUCGGCCAGCUGACGGCGCUCUGCGUCGCCGGGGUCUUGUCCCUGGAAGAUGGGCUGCGGCUGGUCACCGGCCGCGCGGCCUUGAUGGGCAGUCACUGGGGCCCCGAGGGCGGCUCGAUGAUCUCCCUGCAAGCGUCCGCGGACGUGGUGGCCGACAUCAUCGCGGCCGUCGACGCCCCGCUGGAGAUCGCCUGCUACAACGGCCCCCAGAGCCAUGUCGUGGUGGGCGCCGCGGCCGACAUCGACCGCGUGGAGGCGCGGCUGCAGCAAGAUGCGUCGCGCAUCAAGUACAAGCGCCUGGCCGUCACCCAUGGCUUCCACUCGCGCUUCACCGAGUCGCUGCUCCCGGGGCUCACGGAACUGGCGCAGACGCUCACCUUCCGCGCGCCCACGAUCCCCCUCGAGACCUGCUCCGAGCACAGCAGCUGGGCCAGCAUCACGGCCGCACACAUCGCGGAGCACACCCGCACGCCCGUCUACUUUGCCCCCGCGGUGCGUCGCGUGGAAGCCCGGUUGGGCCCCUGCGUCUGGCUGGAAGCCGGCUCGGGCUCGGGGGUCACCGGCAUGGUGCGCACGGCGCUGGCGGAUGCCUCGCAACAUGUCUGCCAGGCCGUCGACCUGCGCGAGGCCGCGGGCCUGUCCAGUCUGGCCGACACCACCCGGACCCUGUGGACCGCCGGACUCGAGGUGGCCUUCUGGCCGUUUGACCGGCACGACCGCCGCCAUUAUGCCGACCUGCUCCUCCCCCCGUAUCAAUUCGAGAAGAACCGCCACUGGCUGGACUGGCAGCCCGCCGCGCCCGCCCCGGUGGCCGCCCCGGCGGCCGUGGAGACGGUGCCCGCCGAGCCCGUGCUGCUGUCCCUGGUCCGCCAGCGGGAUGCCGAGGCCGAGUUCGCCGUCGACCCGCGCAGCGAGCAGUACCGGUCCCUGGUGGAGGGCCACGCGGUGCUGGCGCAGCCGCUGUGUCCGGCGCCCUUGUACGUCGACCUGGCCGCCCAAGCCGCCCUCGUGCUCGCGGGGGACGCCCGCGGCGAACCCCGGAUCGAGAAUCUGGAGAUCCAGGCGCCCCUGGGGGCCGGCGAUCGUCGCAUCCAGCUCGAGCUGCGGCGCCUCGACCCGGGCACGCCCGUGUGGAGCUUCGCCGUGUCCAGCCAUCGGCCGGCCACCCCGGCCAGCAAGGACCGCCACGCCACGGGCACGGUGCGUCUCCAGCAGGACGCCACCAGCCUGGCGGACGAGUACGCGCGCUUCGAGACCCUGCUGGGCCCGGAGCGCUACGCGCGCAUUCCCCAGGACCCGCACGCCGAGGCCCUCCAGGGCGCGCAGGUCUACAAGGCCUUUGGCAAGGUGGUCACCUACCGGGCCUACUACAAGGGCGUGCGCAGCGUCCAUGCCCGGGGGCAGGAAGUCGUCGGCCGCGUGCAGCUGCCGCCGCUGGCGCUGCCCGCGCCCGCCCAUGCCGCCCCCUUUGCCCUCAACCCGCGCGCGGUGGAUAAUUUCAUCCAGGUCUCCGGCCUGCACGUCAACUGCCUCACCGAGCUGCCCGACAAUGAGGUCUACGUCUGCACCAAGGUGGAUUGCGUGCAGGCCCGCGGGCCGCUGGCGGCGGACGGCACCUGGCUCGUCUACUCCAGCUAUCGCUCGGUGAGUGACAAGCAGCUCGUCAAUGAUAUCUACGUCUGCGACGCGGCCACCCAGUCCCUGGUGCUGUUCGUGCUGGGAGCGCGAUUCACCCGGGUGCAGAUCUCCAGUCUGGCCCGCGUGCUGUCCCGCGCCAAUGAUCGUGCGGCCGCGACCGCGUCCGCGCCCUCGCGGCCGGUCUCAUCCCCCUCGGCCUCCCUCCCGCCCCCAUCCCCCCGGCCGACCGUGCGGAGCCCGCCGCGGCGGAAGCAGCGGACCCCCGCCCCGGCCUUGGCGCGCGAUCUGGGCGCGGAGCUGCGGGCCCUGCUGGAACGGGUGGCGGAAGUGCCCGCGGCGGAGAUCGCGGACCAGGCGAGUUUCGACGACCUGGGCAUCGAUUCCCUCAUGGUCACCGAGGUGCUGAGUGAGAUCAACACCGCCUUUGCCGUGUCCAUCUCCAUGGACGAGUUCGCCACCAUGACGGACAUCCGGGCCAUCGUGGUCGCGCUGCAGCGGAUGCUCGGCGGGUCCGCCUCGGGGUCGGGCUCCGCCACGCCCUCGGACACGGACUCGGAAGACGACAUCUUCGAUGCCACGCAGUCGUUGACCCCCGCGCCCAGCUCCGGGGCCAGCACGCCCCCGGCCGUGGAGGAAUCCCCCAAGGGCGGCAAGGUCAUCGCCCAGCUGGGCCGGCUGUUGGCGACCCAUCUGGAAUGUCCGGAGCCCAUUGCCCCGGGGGCCAAUCUGGCCAGUCUGGGCUUGGAUUCGUUGCUCUGCAUGGAACUGGCGGCCGAUAUCAAGCAGGAUCUGGGAGCGGAUGUCGACAUGGCCCGCCUCGACCAGCAGUCCACCUUCCAGGAUCUGAUUUUCCUGGUCCACGAGGCGCUGCCGGAGGCUCCCGCCUACUUUGGGUCCGCCCCGGGCCUCCCCCUCCAACCCGUCGCGACGGAUCUGCAGGCCCGGCUGGCCCCGGUCGCGGGGGCCAGUGCCGCGGAUGUGCCCUUGGUGGGCGCCCAAGCCGCCUUUGAACGCAUCCGCGGCGACUACGACCAGCAUGCGCAACAGUCCGGGUUCGCCGGCUUCUGGACGAGCGUCUAUCCCACCCAGGCGCGACUGGUGCUGGGCUACACCGUCGAGGCCUUUGCCCAGUUAGGGUGCGAUCUGGCCCAACUCCCAGUGGGCGCGAGUCUGCCCGCUAUCUCCUACCUGCCCAAGCACGAGCCCCUGGUGCAGCAGCUCUACCGCAUCCUGCAGGACGGACAGCUCGUGGCCACCGAUGGGUCGACGCGGGUGCGCACCGACCGUCCGGUUGAUGCCACCCCGUCCACGACCAUCCUCGAGCAGCUCCAGCGCCGCGCACCCCAACACGCCAUGGAGCAUCAACUGCUGCAUCUGACCGGCUCGCGGCUCGCGGACUGUCUGACCGGCGCGGCCGAUCCCCUGGAUAUCCUCUUCCGGUCCAAGGAAAACCGCAGCGUGCUGGAGGCCGUCUACGCCAAGGGCCCCAUGUACGAGGCCAUCUCGGGCCAGCUGUGCAGCUUCAUCGAUCAGGCCUUCUCCGCCUCCGCCGCGUCCGCCACCCCCGCAACCCCCUUUGAGAUCCUCGAACUCGGCGCCGGCACCGGCGGCACAACCCGGUAUGUCGUCGAACUGCUCGAACGCCGGGGCAUCCCCUUCCGCUACACCUUCAGCGACCUCUCCGGCUCGCUGGUGGCCGCCGCCCGCCGCAAGUUCGGCGCGCAACACCCCGCCAUGCAAUUCCAAGUCGUCGACAUCGAAAAGAUCCCCGAGGCCGCCAUGCAGGGUCGCUUCCACGCCAUCAUCUCGACCAACUGCAUCCACGCCACGCGCGACCUGGAACUCUCCACCCGCCACAUCCGCCAGAUGCUCCGGCCCGACGGCUUCGUCUCCCUCGUCGAGUUCACCCGCAACAUGUUCUGGUUCGAUCUCGUCUUCGGCCUCCUCGAGGGCUGGUGGUUGUUCUCCGAUGGUCGGCCCCACGUGCUCGCCUCCGAAUGGUUCUGGGACGCCAGUAUGCGUCGCGCGGGAUACCAGCACGUCACUUGGACGACGGGGGCCUCGCUGGAAUCCCGCACCCUCCGGAUCAUCACGGGCUUUAAUGCGCCCCCGGCGGAUCCGUCGUACGUGCCUCAGCGCGGCGCCCAGGAUGCCGACACCACCCUCGAAGUCGUCCGCUACAAGCACGUCGACGGCCUGUCCCUCUUCGCCGACAUUCACUAUCCCCCGUCCUUCACCUCCACCCCGCGCCCCAUCGCCCUCAUGAUCCACGGCGGCGGCCACGUCAUGCUCACCCGACGGGACAUCCGCCCCAAACAAACCCCCCUCCUGCACGCCAUGGGCUUCCUCCCCAUCUCCAUCGACUACCGCCUCUGUCCGGAAUCCCCCAUCCGCACCGGCCCCAUGACCGACGUCUGCGACGCCCUGCACUGGACGCGCACGAUCCUCCCCCCCCUCCCCCUCCUCUGCCCGACCCUCCCCAUCGACCCCACCCGCGUCGCCGUCCUCGGCUGGUCCACGGGCGGCCACCUCGCCAUGACCACCGCCUUCACGACCCUCCACCGCGGCCUCACGCCCCCGACCGCCAUCGCCGCCUUCUACUGUCCCACCGACUAUGAAGAUCCCUGCUGGCAGGCCCCGAAUUAUCCCGAGAAUAGUCGCGCGUUGGCGACCGCCGCCCAGACGAACGGGUACGAUCUCCUCGAGGGGGUGCAACCCCGUCCGAUCACGGGGUAUCAAGUGCCCCCCAAGCAACGCGCCGUGGGCGGGUGGAUGGCGCCCGAGGAUCCCCGCUCGCGCAUCGUGCUGCAUAUGAAUUGGACGGGACAAUGCCUCCCGGUUCUCCUGCGGGGAUUGCCCGCCCCCGGGGCCGCGCUCUCCGCGGAACAGAAACAAGCCCUCCUGGACCAGCCGCAACCCACCGUGCAGGAAAUCCAGUCGAUUAGUCCGUAUGCCCAGAUCCGACAGGGACAAUAUACCACGCCGACGGUGGUGGUGCACGGGACGGAGGAUGAUUUGAUUCCGUGGGGUCAGAGUCAGCGGACGGUGGAGGCGUUGCAGCAGCAAGGGGUGCGGGCGGAGUUGGUGUUGGUGCAGGAUAAGAUCCAUCUGUUUGAUUUGUAUCCCGAUGUCGAUGGGGUGGGGGGGGUGGCGGUGCGGAAGGCGUAUGAGUUUUUGGGGCGGGAGGUGUUUGGGAGCGUUUAG